CCCCGCGCCCCGCCGCUCUCCUCCCGCAGCCGGGCGCCGGCGCGCUCGGGUCUUUCCGCCGCUGCCGCGGCCGCGCGCUGCCCCGUGCGCUCCGGCACCUUCGGCAAUUUCCGUCAGGCCCUGGCCGCCAUUUUCUCGCCGCUUGUGUGUCUCGCUGGCUGCGUGGCUCGGUUCUUGUGAGCGAAGCUUUGUCCGGUUCGGCAAUGGACGGAAUUGUCACUGAGGUUGCAGUUGGCGUGAAGAGAGGAUCUGACGAACUACUCUCAGGCAGUGUUCUCAGUAGUCCAAACUCUAAUAUGAGCAGCAUGGUGGUUACAGCCAAUGGUAAUGAUAGCAAAAAAUUUAAAGGAGAAGAUAAAAUGGAUGGUGCUCCUUCUCGUGUACUUCAUAUUCGAAAAUUACCUGGUGAAGUGACAGAAACUGAAGUUAUUGCUUUAGGCUUACCUUUUGGUAAGGUGACCAACAUCCUUAUGCUGAAAGGAAAAAAUCAGGCAUUUUUGGAACUAGCAACAGAGGAAGCAGCUAUUACUAUGGUUAAUUACUAUUCUGCUGUGACACCUCAUCUCCGUAACCAACCAAUUUAUAUCCAGUACUCCAAUCACAAAGAACUAAAAACAGAUAAUACAUUAAACCAACGUGCUCAAGCAGUUCUUCAAGCUGUGACAGCUGUCCAGACAGCAAAUACUCCUCUUAGUGGCACCACAGUUAGUGAGAGUGCAGUGACUCCAGCCCAGAGUCCAGUGCUUAGAAUAAUUAUUGACAAUAUGUACUACCCUGUAACACUUGAUGUUCUUCACCAAAUAUUUUCUAAGUUUGGUGCUGUAUUGAAGAUAAUCACAUUUACAAAAAAUAACCAGUUUCAAGCUCUUCUCCAGUAUGGUGAUCCAGUAAAUGCUCAACAAGCAAAACUAGCCCUAGAUGGUCAGAAUAUUUAUAAUGCUUGCUGUACCCUAAGGAUUGAUUUUUCCAAACUUGUGAAUUUGAAUGUAAAAUACAACAAUGAUAAAAGUAGGGAUUAUACUCGACCUGAUCUUCCAUCUGGGGAUGGACAGCCUGCAUUGGACCCAGCUAUUGCUGCAGCAUUUGCCAAGGAGACAUCCCUCUUAGGGCUUCCUGUUGCAGCUGUUCCAGGAGCUCUGAGUCCUUUGGCUAUUCCAAAUGCUGCUGCAGCAGCUGCUGCAGCUGCUGCUGGCCGAGUGGGUAUGCCUGGAGUCUCAGCUGGUGGCAAUACAGUCCUGUUGGUUAGCAAUUUAAAUGAAGAGAUGGUUACGCCCCAAAGUCUGUUUACCCUCUUCGGUGUUUAUGGAGAUGUGCAGCGUGUGAAGAUUUUGUACAAUAAGAAAGACAGUGCUCUGAUACAGAUGGCUGAUGGAAACCAAUCACAACUUGCCAUGAACCAUCUUAAUGGACAGAAAAUGUAUGGCAAAAUUAUUCGUGUUACUCUGUCUAAACAUCAGACUGUACAACUACCUCGAGAGGGACUUGAUGAUCAAGGGCUAACAAAGGAUUUUGGUAAUUCCCCAUUGCAUCGUUUUAAGAAACCUGGAUCCAAAAAUUUUCAGAACAUUUUUCCUCCUUCUGCAACCCUUCACCUAUCCAAUAUCCCUCCUUCAGUAGCAGAAGAGGAUCUACGAACACUGUUUGCUAACACUGGGGGCACUGUGAAAGCAUUUAAGUUUUUUCAAAGAGAUCACAAAAUGGCCCUUCUUCAGAUGGCAACAGUGGAAGAAGCUAUCCAGGCCUUGAUUGAUCUUCAUAAUUACAACCUUGGUGAAAACCAUCAUCUGAGAGUGUCUUUCUCUAAGUCAACAAUUUAAAAAGGGGGAGGUGAAGCUUGAGGGUGUAUCACAUUGUUUGGUGUCAUCACCUAUUGACUGUUCAGAAAAGUGGGGACCAGAGUUUGAUUUUUUUGUUGUUGUUUCCUUUUUUUUUUUUUUUUUUUUCCCCAUGCUGUUAUCAUUCCUUGGUUAUAAAAUGAAAUGGCAUACGUAAAGGCAGAGUUGUUAACUGCUGUAUUUCAUCUGUUCUAUAGGGAGGCCAUUUUUAUUGUCUGUUUAUGAUUUUAGUUUAAUUAUACUUUCCUUUUUCAACUUAGUUGACAUACGUGCCUUAAAAAGGAAAACUAGUGUUGCUAUUGUGCAUUUACUAGGAAAAAGGAAUUGGUUGUCUAGGGCACAUUGUUAUAUGGGAAUUACAAUAUGUUUAGGCAGGGGUGUGUAAAAAGGUUAAGUUUUUGUUUCUCCUGCUUGGAACUUAUUUUGAAUUAUUGGCUUGUCACAUUUCUUUCUAUUUAAUCAAAUAAGAUACAUGAUACUGAAAGAAUUAAAGCAGCAUUUUUUUUUUAAGUUUUUACUACCUUAGGCUUUAUUGCUUUAAAAAAACAUUGGCCUUUUGUAUCUCACAAUUCUGGUCUAGAUUCAGUUAUGAAUGUAGGCAUUAGUUAAAAUUAACAAGAUGCAGAGUAUUAAUUUCUUAAGACAACAAAGUGAUUUCUGUAAGUUUGAGCCCUAUGUGGAAAGCAUUGUGGAAUCUUAACCUUUUUGUACACACUCUUGUGGGACGUAUCAUAUAAAUGUCAGCACUAAGUAAUGUCUUGUUUGUGGCUGAAUAUUUUUCGUAGAUGUUUUUGAAGUUGACAUGACUUACGUGCAUUUAAAUAUAUAUUGCCAUCCUUAGUUUGUAAUUAAGAUUUGGAAUAUGGUUGUGGAUUUCUGAGCAUGUGCAGACUGGUCUAGCUAGUUCAGGAACUGGUGCAUGUAUUUUUCAAAGAUAAAGAAAGUGUACUGCGAAAAUUUGCAGGAAGAUUAAUUUUGUGGCAGUUUUCUAAAACUGACAACCAGGUGGGACCAAAGUUUAUGUGCCUUUAGUCUUAAUUUACCUUGCAUUGUAAUAUUCAGUUUUAAUAAAUCUUCAAAAUAUUUUGUAUUUAGGAAUAGAUCUGACUUUAAUAAAAACAUGGCUCAGAAUCUACAGGUCAAAUUAAUUUGAACAGUUCUUGUCAAUCUGAAUUGUUGAUUCUGUUUAAAUGACCAAUACUUUUUGAAAUUGAUGUACUUAGUUUCAAGAUUCAUAGAUUCUGUUAUCUAUGUAGACAGAAUGGUCAUGUAUAUUUUCUAUUAGUUGAGUUUUUACAUCUUUAGAAAUGUAAAAUUCAGUAUAGUUUGAAAGUGGCACAAUUAAAAAUUAAUUUUCUAACAAA